UUUUUUAAGGCAGAUGUUUAUGGACCCAAGAUGUGUGACCUGUCGGGCGCGCGCACUGUCAAAGACGUGUACGCGCAACAUCCUGCUUUACUGCUCCCCUGCACAGACGGGUCGCCAAGCUUACAGUCAGAGAAUCCAGCUGUCACUCAACGAGACCCCCGUUCAGCCAGUGUCAGACUGCAUGUGGCACACGGAGAAAACCCCGGGUCCACAUAAAUACGAGACAAAGACACCUCUGGAUGUAGGUGGACCUCCUGCGAUCAACAGAUCGGCAACUCCACAGUCCACUCCUCCUGCGAGGAAGAUGAGGGAACCGAGAGACAAUACCGGAGCCAGCUGGCACAUGUGAGCGAUAUUUAUCACCAAAUUCUGGAGCUAAUCACAGAGAAAUGAACAAACUAGCUCUUAAGGUUUGGUUGUAAUUAGCCGAUGCAAGUGCUAUUGGCAGCGGAGUAGGUUCAGCCCGUGCCAAAAUGACCAGACUAUUGUCUAGCAUCGCUGUAACGGAAUGGGCCCGCAGGAAUUUUGGCACCGGUUUUACGCAGCAGACCACAUAGUUUAAUCGACGUUCCUCGACCGAAGACAGAAUAGUGAGGCUGGCAUGGACAGAGGAUGCUUGCACGCCUCGUAGUGAUGCUAUGAGAUAAAAAAGACAUCAGUGAAACACCCUGCUGGUUCCUCCCGAGAAGUAGAGCAGAUCAUCAACGGCGGGAUUCAAGUUUGGACCUCACCAAGUCCAAAACGACCUUCCCCUCCCACAGAAAGGAUCAUCUUACAUCUUAAAGCAUCUUCACAGACUCGCAUAGCGAAUGUGUGAUGUGGAGCCAGUACAGUAAGAGAGUCUGUGAACAGGUGAGAGAGGGACACUGUCUGCCCCACUGUCCAGCGACACAAUGAGCUGGAGCUUCCUCACGCGGCUGCUGGAGGAGAUCCACAACCACUCCACCUUCGUGGGGAAGCUGUGGCUCACCGUGCUCAUCGUCUUCCGCAUCGUUCUCACUGCCGUUGGGGGAGAGUCCAUCUACUACGAUGAACAGAGCAAGUUUGUCUGCAACUCGGGCCAGCCUGGCUGCGAGAAUGUCUGCUAUGAUGCCUUUGCCCCUCUAUCUCAUGUUCGCUUCUGGGUCUUCCAGAUCAUCUUGGUGGCGAUGCCUUCUCUAAUGUACAUGGGCUAUGCUGUCAACAAGAUUGCACGAUUGGAUGAAGCCAAAGGAGGAGCCGGUGCUGCUGCAGUUAGAACAGGAGGCGGGGGCUACACACACAGGAAGCCCAGGAAAAUCUGCUUUGGAGCACGGCAGCACAGGGGCAUCGAGGAGACCGAGGAGGACCAGGAGGAUGAUCCCAUGAUCUAUGAGGUGCCAGAGAUUGAGCCCCCCAAAAGGCCACGGGAUCCACUACAACCUACACCCAGACCCAAGAUCCGGCAUGAUGGCCGCAAACGUAUUAGAGAUGAGGGGCUGAUGCGGGUCUAUGUUUUGCAGCUAGUGACUCGUACACUGCUAGAAGCAGGCUUUCUUGCAGGCCAGUAUUUGCUGUAUGGGUUCCGUGUGAAGCCGGUGUUCGUGUGCUCGGGAAAACCUUGUCCCCACAGCGUUGACUGCUUUGUGUCGCGGCCUACAGAGAAGACCAUCUUCCUGCGCAUCAUGUAUGGUGUCACUGUCCUUUGCCUCACUCUCAAUGUUUGGGAGAUGCUCCAUUUGGGGAUUGGUACCAUCUGUGACAUUCUUCGCCGUCGGCGCUGCCCACCUCAAGAAGAUGAGUACCAGUUGGGAUUGCUUGGCACCAAUGGGGGUGUGGAGGGCUCAGUAGUGGGGACAGGGCCAGAGGCAGGCUCUGAGGGAGGGGUGGGUGGCGAUGGGGCUGCAGAUUACGUGGGUUACCCCUUCUCAUGGAACACCCCAUCAGCUCCACCUGGCUACAACAUUGUGGUAAAGCCAGAGCAGAUGCCCUACACGGACCUUAGCAACGCUAAGAUGGCAUGCAAGCAGAACCGGGCAAAUAUUGCCCAAGAGGAGCAGCAGCAAUUUGGUAGCAAUGAGGAUAACUUUCCCACUGGAGGGGAGGCCCGCGUGGCUUUGAACAAAGACAUGAUCCAGCAAGCUCAUGAGCAGCUGGAAGCAGCCAUCCAGGCAUACAGUCAGCAGCACCGGGCAGAGGAGCAGCUUGGGGACAACCAGGACGACAAGCCCCAAAGUAACAUCAUCCAGUCCCAGCCUCAGCCACAGUCCCAGCCUCAGAAAGAGCGCAAACACAGAGUCAAGCAUGGAAAAGGAGGCAGCAGUGGAGGAGGCAGCAGUAGCAACAGCAGCAGCAGCAAAUCAGGAGAGGGCAAGCCCUCUGUAUGGAUUUAACCCCAGAAACAGUGACAUGUAUUGAAACCAUGUAUAUAUUAGAGACUGGAUGAUGAGUUGUUGCAAUCUUCUUUGGAUAUUUAAACACCACUGUGCCUUACAUAAUCCUGCAAGCUGGAGAAGUGUGUUUGUGUACUAAGGUGUGUAAAAAAAAAAAAGUUGUGAUGUUGCACCUGACAAAAUGUUUUGUCUGGGCGAUCACUGUUUAACUUGAAA